GGUUUUCUGAUGGAUUCAAAUGACAAUUAACAGUCUAAUUGACCAGUUAACAAAUUACCCUAACUACGUUUAUGGGAUUAUUUUUAUUCUUAUACUAAUAAUAGUUGGGUUAAUUAUGAUGGAAGCUCGAUGUCCAGAUAUAAUUAAUUGUACUCAAUCAAUGGCCAACGCUUUGGUUGAAGGAAUAACAAAUUCAUUUUCUUCUUUUGAUUGUAAAAGUAUGAACGAAUUGGUUCCUUCCAAUGAUCCAGUGUGGAUUUUGGGUGAAAAGUAUAGUUCCCUUCAUGAUAUGGAUGGAAUCAAAGACGAUAUUAGAUCAAAAUUCUGGAUCAGUUAUCGACGCGGUUUCCCAAGGAUUGAUGGAACCGGACCAACUACCGAUUUCGGCUGGGGUUGUAUGCUACGCUGUGGUCAAAUGGUUCUCAGUCAAGCACUGAUUGUUAAACACCUUGGUAGACAUUGGAGAUGGUCAAGUGAUAAAAAUAAGCUCAUUUCCAAUGGUACAUAUCGAAAGUAUUUGAAAAUUUUAAGCCACUUUCUUGACCGAAAGGCUUCAACCUACUCUAUUCAUCAAAUUGCCCAAAUGGGUGCGACUGAAGGUAAACCCGUUGGUACUUGGUUUGGACCGAAUACAAUUUGCCAAGUGAUCAAGAAACUUGCAGCAUUUGAUAAAUGGGAUAAAUAUGCUGUUCACGUUUGUACAGACAGUUUAGUGAUAAUCGAUGAUAUUAAAAGUACUGUCCAAGAAUCGGUCAACGAAAGUGGACAAUCAGAGGGUAAAAAUUGGCAGGAUUUGAUACUUUUUAUUCCCGUUCGAUUGGGACUAAAUGAGAUAAACUCUGGUUACUUUGAUGGUAUUAAAAAUUCAUUUCGCCUUCCCCAAAGUCUUGGCAUAAUCGGCGGUCGGCCCAAUCAUGCCCUUCACUUUAUCGGCUACGUGGCCAAUGAAUUAAUUUAUUUUGAUCCUCAUACAACCCAAUCAGUUAUUGAUCCUGAACCUUUGGUUGACAUUGAUGGUAAAACUGAUGAUGACCUUGUCAAUCUUGAUUUCGAUGAUUCCACUUAUCAUACCGAGAACGCUUUCAGAAUGACACUUUCUCAACUUGACCCUUUGGCACUUUGUUUCUAUUUUCGAUCCGAAGAAGAUUUCGAUUCCUGGUGUAAUCUGGCUCAUAGUCUCUUCGUGAAAAAUGUUCCCAUGUUAAUCUUUGAAAUCUUCAAAGAGAAACCUUACCAAACCCUUAAACUAUCCGGACAAUUAAGCCAAGAAGAUUAUGAUACUGGAACAAUCAAUAUAACCGAAAAUUCUCCAGAAGAUGAAGAAAAAGCUGAUGAUGAAGAAGAGGAGGAAUUUGAAAUAUUAUCCACAGAAUGAAUAAUCUUCAUAUUCACAUCAUUUUCUAAUCACCUGUAGAUCAUCACAUCAUCACUAAUCUCUCUCUCUCUCACUCACUCACUCUCUCUUUUUACCCUCUCACACCCAUGAAAUAAUCAAACUUUAAACAAAGAAUUUUUUUAUAAUCAGAACUUUGUUCUUAUAUAUUUUUGUCCCAUGAAAAAAAAGAUAACUGUUUGUAUUGAAAAUCUAUUGUAAUAUCAACUCAUGAAAAGAAAACAAAAGAAAACGAAAGAAAAUUGAAAAUGUAAACACAAUUUGUUGAUUUUAAAUAAAAGAGAAAAAUAAUUGUUUCCAUUAAAUCAAUAAAACAA